CAAUGGCGUCACGCCGACAGAAGAGAGUGUCGCCGCAGGACGUGUAACCCGAAAUUACAGUUCUUCAAAUUUUGAUUUGACGGUUCUCUGCGGUGUGCCGUAUCUCGCGUACAUACACGGACGAGUUGUUUCGUUAUGGCCGAUGCAGGCCUCAGCCUAGAUGAUAUAAUUAAAAAGUCGAAAUCACUGGGAAUGAGGGGCAGAGGAGGAAUACGCAGGGGCAUCAGCAGAGGGGCACGAGCGAACGGUUCUGUGAGAGGACGUGGCAGCCAGGUGAUCACGGAUGCACGCUUCAAGAUAAUACAGAAGAACCGGGAGAAGCUGACUGAUGCCAGGGACAAGCUCGCUGAGAUAGCGAAGCAGAGCGACGCACGGCUCAAGCUGGACAAGCUUCGCGCGUCUCAUUACAAGAAGUUGGACACGCUCGCGGGAAUCUCACGCAAGACCGGCCGGAAUGGCAGGCUCUCGCUGUCUACGAACAAAGUGCCACACUUGAUGCAGCAUGUGCUACCGCCGAGUAUACCACCAAACAAUUAUAUAUCGCCUCCAACAAGAGCGGUCGGGUAUAGACCACCUCUUGCCGAACCCCAUUACUUAGGAGAUAUGAGUAUGGAUUAUACUGAUGAUUAUCUGACGGAUUCUUCUUCGUUGAGGAGGACUGUGAGUAAUGAAUAUGCACCAACACCUCCACCUCCACCUCCUGUAUUCAGCAUUAAUCCGAUUUCUCCUUACACUUGGGUCAAGUCCAGGAACACUAAUGUAACUAGGGUUCCAGCUCGAAAGUUGGAACUAGAGAAGGAACGGGAAAGGCAAAGAGAUUAUAAACUUGCUGCACGCUCUGCGAUGGUGAAAACUGUUUCACCUCCUUAUAAGGAAGAUUGGAGUUUUGGCAUGAAGUCAAGAACAAUUGUAGCAGAGGAAGCAGCCGAUUCCAAGUACUACGAUUCGAGAAAUCUUCGAGAAGUAGGAGUUAAAUCGCGUCUCGAAUCUUCUGCUGCGAACAAGGCGAGAACGAUGGGCGUUUUGUCGCGGCCGAAGACAAGUUCCAGUUCAUCAUCGACGCAAUCGAACGGCUAUCGAAUUGUAGUAUCCAACUUACAAGCUAAUGUCACACAAGAAGAUAUCAAGGAAUUAUUCGAAGACGUCGGGGAGUUGCUCGUAUCGAGACUAGUACGUCCAGGUACAGCAGAAGUAAUUUAUAAAACACUGAAAGACGCGACUAAGGCAGUUGAAACUUAUCACAAUCGACAAUUAGAUGGUCAUCCAAUGAAAUGUCUUCUCGUUAAUCCACGACCAAAAAAUAAUCCAACUGGGCCAGCCGUCCGAUCUAUCACUGAGUCGAGACGUAGUAUCAGCUCGAGUUAUGUACAACCAAGUUUAGGAGCGGUGCAUCGCGCAUUAUUCGACGAUUCUUAAUCGAACCGUAUCCAUUUUGAUAUAAGUCAAUACAAUAUGAAGAAAGAAAUGUCUUGUAUGUACGUGUAAUGGACAUUAUGCUUAUUAAGAAAACGAACGGAGAAACGACGAAACACAGAACACACGCGUUCAAUAUACGCAACUCCAAUUCCCAACUGUAUUAAUAAACUUGUACCAUUCAUUAUCUUUAGUCUACACGGUCUAUGCGACCAAUAACACUGGAACGCACGUAAAUUUUCAUUAUUUUUUAGACAAUAUGAAAUAUGAGAUAUUUUAAUUUUUUUAUUAUUUAAUUUUUUUUUAAUGUUAUACUUUAAUAUACUUUGAACGUAAUAACUUACAUUAAGAGUCUGAAAUAGAGAAGUUUUGAUAUUAAAGGAGCGUUAACAGAAAAAAAUUUAGGCGUUCUGGUGUUAGAAUAUAGAAAUAUUCAAAAUUAAUACGAUCGCGGAACCGCGAAAGUAUUAGGUGCAAGUUGCUUUUUGUCAUUUAAUAUGUCCGAAUAAAAAGUAGUACUCAUUC